AUGAACAGCGGAGUCAGCCGCAUGAGCAACGUUUCCUUCCGGUCCGAUCCUCGCUCGGUGAGCCCUUUGUCGGAUGUGGCCCCCACGCCCCCGCCCAAGGACCCAGGUUUCUCCCGGUUCCAGUCUCAGGACCCUCUUCUGCCACCCGCAGUCUCCGGCGACACUGUUGUGCAGUCUGAUACCAGAGCUAGCAUCCUGACCACACUUUGCGAUGCCGUCCAGCUUUCCAACCCUGACAACGAGCAAGGCCGUGCUGCUCAGAACUACAGCCCGCUUGCUAUGGCCAGCAGUCCUGCUACGGGAACUACCAGUCGGAACUCUGCACCCAUCCAGUCGCCCAAGCCAACUUAUCCGAUCGAGUUGGCUUCGCCUUCCCGAGGCAAAGAGCGCGAGGAUUAA